AGCGCGCGCCAGCCAGCGAGCAAAGCAGAGAGCAGUAGAGAGAGACACAGAGAGGGAGAGAGCGAGAGAGCGAGCGCGAGAGAGCGAGCCAGGGCUCCGGAGAGCCAGAGACGAGGCAGCUGAGCUGGGAGCCGGGGCCGGGCUCGCCCGCCAAGUACUUUCCGCGGGCCGCGCUUCUCCCGGGCUGGGCGGCGCCGGUUGGUGUCUAAGAAGAUGAUAUUCACAAAAAUGAGUCACAUCCAUAUGUUCAGCCUUGGGCUUCGUCUACUGAUAUGUAUCCUCCCUGGAGCAUCUGGCCAGGGGGAUUCAAGGCGACAAGAACCCGGGGACUUUGUGAAGCAAGACAUUGGCGGCCUGUCCCCGAAGCACGCCCCAGACAUCCCUGAUGACAGCACUGACAACAUCACCAUCUUCACCAGGAUCUUGGACCGCCUUCUGGAUGGCUACGAUAAUCGGCUGCGGCCCGGCCUUGGAGAUGCAGUGACGGAAGUGAAGACUGAUAUCUAUGUGACCAGUUUUGGGCCUGUAUCAGAUACAGACAUGGAAUACACCAUCGACGUGUUUUUCCGACAGACCUGGCAUGAUGAAAGACUGAAAUUCGAUGGGCCCAUGAAGAUCCUUCCUCUGAACAAUCUCCUGGCCAGCAAGAUCUGGACCCCCGACACCUUCUUCCACAAUGGCAAGAAAUCAGUGGCCCACAAUAUGACCACGCCUAACAAGCUGCUCAGACUAGUGGACAAUGGAACCCUCCUCUACACCAUGAGGUUAACAAUUCAUGCGGAGUGCCCCAUGCAUUUGGAAGAUUUCCCUAUGGAUGUGCAUGCCUGCCCUCUGAAGUUUGGAAGCUACGCCUACACAACAGCUGAAGUUGUUUACUCAUGGACUCUUGGGAAGAACAAGUCUGUGGAAGUAGCACAGGAUGGCUCUCGCCUGAAUCAGUAUGACUUGCUGGGACAUGUGGUUGGGACAGAGAUUAUCCGAUCAAGUACCGGAGAAUAUGUCAUCAUGACUACCCAUUUCCACCUAAAGAGAAAAAUUGGCUACUUCGUGAUCCAGACCUACUUGCCAUGUAUUAUGACUGUCAUCCUGUCGCAAGUGUCUUUCUGGCUCAACCGGGAGUCUGUCCCUGCCCGCACGGUCUUUGGUGUCACCACGGUUCUCACCAUGACAACCUUGAGUAUCAGUGCCAGAAACUCCUUACCUAAAGUGGCAUAUGCGACGGCCAUGGAUUGGUUCAUAGCCGUCUGUUAUGCUUUCGUAUUUUCUGCGCUGAUUGAAUUUGCCACUGUCAACUACUUCACCAAAAGGAGUUGGGCUUGGGAAGGAAAGAAGGUGCCAGAGACACAGGAGGUGAAGAAAAAAACUCCAGCAGCCCCGGCUAAGAAAACGAGCACCACCUUCAACAUCGUGGGGACCACCUAUCCCAUCAACCUGGCCAAGGACACCGAGUUCACUACCAUCCCUCAGGGGGCUGGCGCUGCUGCCAGUGCCACCUCAACCCCAACACUGGUUGCUUCUCCCAAGACCACUACGUAUGUGCAGGAAAUCCCCACUGAGACCAAGACCUACAACAGUGUCAGCAAGGUUGACAAAAUUUCCCGCAUCAUCUUCCCCGUGCUCUUUGCCAUUUUCAACCUGGUGUACUGGGCCACCUAUGUCAACCGGGAGACCAAUAUCAAGGGCAUGAUCCGCAAACAGUAGGUAGGUGUGAGGCCACAGUUCGAGAACUCGAUACCUUAGGAAGCAACCAGGCACCUACACCCCGGACAACCCCUAGAUGUGUUGCAGGAUCUUUAUGACGUGCUAACAAGCUCUGACUCCAGUUCAUAACUAGUCUCAAUGAAAAAAAUAUUACAGAAAAAUUUGACUUGUCCCUCUAACAUUACUGAGCAUUCCCUUAUCAGAGCCAAGCACUGCCAUUUUACCAGUUGCCCAUCCCAGCCUGCCUGUCUCCCUGGCUGAGAAUACUGCAUGUAUUCCUUGGUAUUCUGCCCACAGCAGAAAGACCAGGAGACACUUUGCCCACAGUGGGUGGGGGGGCCUUGUUGAGAAAGUAAAACCAAGAAAACUGUUGACUGUUUCUGAUCAAAUGAUGCUGCCUCCAAAGGGAGCCAGGCUGGCUAGCAUGUGGUCUUUCCAGCCAACUGCCCUGUCUGAAAACAGGGCCCACCAGGCACCAGUACGAAGAAUAAAGGCAAGAGCUAGUGCUAACCUAUGAACAAGUCACUCAGUCCUUCUGCUGGCUUGGAGGUUAGUAAGAAAAGCUCAGGCAGGAGCAAUAGUACAGCAGGGAGGGUGCUUGCCUUGCACAUGGCCAACUCGGGUUUGAUUCCCGGCAUCUCAUGUUGUCCCCCAUUCACUACUGGAGGUAAUUCCUGAAUGUAGAGCCAGGAGUAGGCUCUGAGAAUUGCUGAGUGUGGCCCAAAACACAAAAAAAGGAAAAAGGAAAACUGUGAUUCACCAUUCUAUCACUGAUGGCCAACACCUGUAGAACCAAGGGGACAAACAAUGCAUCAAGAUGGCUUUUGCCUGCCAUGUCUACUGUAUUUGGAAAAUAUUGCCCUGUGAGAGUACCUUUACUUCAGGAGAGUCCCUCAAAUUCUCUGAUCCCCUUGUUGGCAUUGAUACUGAGUGGUCUGGGCUCAUUACCACCUACAAAUUCUUCCGGAAAAGGAGAAAAAUCUUUCUUUCUCUGUAUACUAACAAGAGACAAAAAGCAAACAGAUCUAGAUCAAAUGCCCACACCAGAUCUUUUUUAAGACAAGCCAAGUAGACUGAUACUGGAUGGAGCAGCAGACUUGGACUAGGAGUAUGUUGAGAUUGAAAGUUUGUCUUAAAAGGAAAAGCCAUGGGCAAGUAAAAUCCCAGCAUUAUUUUGCCCACCCCCCAAUCUGCUGCAGAUCCAAUUCUAAGGAUAAUCAAUCAGUCCAGUUAAUCAACUGGAUCAAAUAAAGCAUUAACUAUCUUACCAGCUUGACUUAGGGGCCACUUGACAUCAAUUGCUUUUAAUUGAAGAAAGUCCAUAAGAAAUGUAAAGUUUUGUUAAGGAAGAUAAACUAAUUUUCCAAGGCUUUUGAAAAGUAUUUGUACCAGAGAAUUGCCAAAUGUCCUUUUCUGAAGGCCAGAAUGAAAGCAUAACUAAGAAGCCAGGUCCAACUUGACCUCAAAGUACAUGCUGUCUCAACUGAGUCCUAAAUGCAGUUUCAUUGCACACCAAGAGGAUCUGUAAAAAGUCAACAUGGGAGAGACAGAGACAAACAGAGAGUGAGAGAGAGCACUUCUCCUAGUCCCAUCUCUGAGGAAUGAGACUCAGAAAGAAGCCCCUGACUAUCCCAAAAGCCCAAGGUGAAGCCAUAGUGGCCCCCCAAGACAGAUUCCCCAGCCCACACCCAAAACCCAGCUCCCAAGGGGUAUGUCUAUUAGCUACUGGUUGCCUUGUUCCCCCAACUUCCCCCAGCCCCUGCUUCCUUGCCAUGCUGGGAUAAUGCAUGCUGGUCCCACUAUUUCUCCGACUGUCUAGAGAUCAUUUUGUAAAUUGCGGAGUAUAGUGUUGUGAAUCUGUGGGAUAAGGGGGGUGGGGGUGGGGGUGGGCCCUCAAUGAUUGUCUUUGGGAUUUUUUUGUGGACUCUUGCUCUUUGCCUCUGUAAAGUUGUGUUUCUGUGUGCUUCAGUGCAAUGUUCAGUGGCUGUUUAUUAAACUCUUUCAGAAUUGUA